CGCUGCCCACCCCGCGGAGCAGACCGGCGCGCGGAGGCUACAAGUGCUGUGGCUGGUGAUCGGAGGACUUCCCCAGAGAAGCCACGCAGGGACAAGCGCGCGGUGCUCGAGCCGCACUGGGUGGCCACGACAGGAGGAGGAACCAGGGCUGAAGUGUCAGCAACUGUGACUGCAAAGGAGAUGGGGGCCUCUGGACCAGUACUCAUGGUAGAGCAGCCUUAGCUCCCCUGGGGUUCUUAUCUAACUGUGUUGCUAUUGGCAGAAUUUCCGGAAGCUGCUGGGGGAUGUCUGACUAGCUCCGAUGGAGCUCCACUACCUUGCUAAGGAAAGCAGCCAGGCAGCCCUGUGCAGCCCUGUGGACUGGAGUUCAGGAGGACCUCCUGGUGACCAGGCAGAUGCAGCAGCCACUAAAGCUGCUCUCUGCUGCCAGAGUCACUGUCUGUCAACACCAAGAUCAGCCGAGAUGGAAGGGUCUAAACUUAGCCCUUCUCUCGCAUCCCCUUCCUCCUUUCUGCAAGACAGUGUUAUUCAGCCAGACUCCUUGCCACCAGGCCCGCUCAACUCAGGGAACAAACAAAGAACAGCAGAACGGAAAGUCUGCAACUGCUGCAGCCAGGAAUUAGAAACUUCUUUUACGUAUGUGGAUGAAAAUGUCAACUUGGAGCAGAGGAACCGGAGCUCCUGUUUAUCAAAAGGGAAUAAUCACCCUGGAGACCUUGACUGGGGAAAUGCAAAUGAGUGGUCCCAUGAGGCUGCCUUAUCCUUGAUAUCUGAAGAUGAAGAUGAUACAAGUUCAGAAGCCACAUCUUCAGGGAAGUCAGUAGACUAUGGUUUCAUCAGCGCCAUCUUGUUCUUAGUCACUGGCAUCCUGCUGGUGAUCAUCUCUUACAUUGUCCCACGGGAAGUGACCGUGGAUCCCAACACUGUGGCGGCCCGGGAGAUGGAACGCCUGGAGAAGGAGAGUGCAAGGCUGGGAGCUCACCUGGACCGCUGUGUGAUUGCCGGACUCUGCCUGCUCACGCUUGGGGGGGUCGUUCUGUCCUGUUUGCUAAUGAUGUCUAUGUGGAAGGGGGAGCUUUAUCGUCGCAACAGGUUUGCUUCUUCCAAAGAGUCUGCAAAACUUUAUGGUUCUUUCAACUUCAGGAUGAAAACCAGUGCUAAUGAAAACACCCUGGAACUGUCCUUGGUAGAGGAAGAUGCUCUCACUGUACAGAGUUAAUUCUACUGUUAACUCAGUUGUGUAGAGUUUACUGGUUGUGAACCUCUUGAGAGUCUGCCUUGGCAUUUUUUAUGAAAAAAAAAAAAUCCAACAUAUUUCUUAAAAUUUGCAGUGCAGUUUAUUUGCCUGGUAAGAAAAGUUUCUUUCCCAAACUAACAGCCAGUGAGUGUUUUUGUUCUCUCUCUAUUUUUUAUUUAGAAGAAAAGCCAUGUAAGAUGCAUUAAGUAAACACAACCAAUGACACCUGUCCUUCUAAAGAGCUGAGACUAAUUAAUCUGUAUUGGCCAUCAGUUUCUACUUUAUAGCAAAAUAUUUCUAAUGACCCAGUGUACAAAGGAUUUCUUUUACAUGAUAUGGGAUAUUCUUCGGACACUAGGAGGUCCAACACACAGUAGGAUUAAUUAGUAACCUAUUUUGUGAAAAAGAACUGAAGCACUAAUCACAUAAUAAGGCUUACAUUUAAUUCUCAAAAGUGCUUAUCCAUUUUCUUCUAAAUUUUUUCUUCCUGUAAUUUGGCUAAACACUAAAAUAAGGGUUUUGACUUUGAAUAUUUUGAAGCUUGAGGAUGUUGAUUAUUAAGGAAAAAAAGGUAAAAAUACAUUUCUUAUAUUUAAAAUUAUUCCUGUACUCAGAAGUGGCAACUAAGUCAUUAGAAUAAACUUUCUAGUAAAAGAAAAUUAUAUAAAUCAUUAUAAGACCAAUCCAAAUUUAACCCAGAAUGGUAGUGCCAGAUAUUAGCCAGUGUUGCAUGUUCAUUUUCUAGAUAAAGUAAAUUAGUUGCUGAUAUAAAUUUCAUUUUCUGUUUGUGGUUUAGCCAUCAUAUGGUUACCUAUGCUUUUGAAGUCUUUCUUGGUUCUCACACCCAAAAGGCAAAGUGUAAGACAUUUUUAAUAUAUUUCCAGACACCGAAGCAUCUAGGCAGGUCUGAGUCAUGACUGGCGGCUCAGGCACGCUCCCAGGUGACGCUUUGUUGUUGUUGUUUGAAGAAAACCUCCAAUACAAGUGCAGCUAGACUCUUGGGGACUCUGCCUAGAAACGGGUAUCACUUGCUCUAGGCCACGCUACAAGUCGUUGCCUCAGGAUGGCUGCAGUCCUUCAGCCCACAGCCAAAAAUUAAAAUGAGAAGCAAGAGAAAGAUUAAGGACAUCGGUUGGGUGGGAAUCACACACCCCACCAGAACUCACCUCCCCCCAGCCAUGGUCUAGGCAUCAUUCUGAGCACGUUGUAUCCAGGCCCUUAGUAACCGUGACAUCUUGCCUCAUGAAGUUCAAACUUGCUCCGUGAGAGGCAUGAUGAGCAACAUGGUCACAACUUUACAAAACACACACCUAGCAUUCACACUAAGUCACUGUCUCAGUAUGGUUAUGGUUCAGGAAGAGGGUGGGGAAAUAUCAGAAAUAGCUUGCAUUUUGUGACUAUUCCUUGAGGUGUUUCUAACCUCCCACUGCAAGAGUUGUUUUAACUUCCAGUCCUGUGUUAGCUGGAUCAGUGGGGGCAUUCUUCAAGAGGACUGGAGCUGGGAAUUGGGGUGGGAGUGCAGGGAUGGGGAAGUGAGAAAGUGACUUCUUUGUAGAUUCUAAAGCCUAAUUCUAACAUCUGAAGUUUUUGUUGAGGACUGUGGAAUAUGUGGGUGGCUUUGGCUGACGGAGUGUGUGAGUCGGGAUAUUUAUGUGAGUGAGUUCUUGUGGGUGUCAGAGAUUGAUCUGAUGAGUUAGGUACACCGUGUGUUACUCAGGAUUAAGAUGAAAUGCAGAAAGGCAGGGUCAGAGGAUAGUAAAAAUAGAGAGGACAGGUAUGUGAAACAAUUAUUAAGUAAAAAUGAGAAAUUAUAUGGGUAUCAGAGGAAACUAGAUGUAGCUCAAUUACCUUACUCUGUGUGAUGGACUAUUACUGAUUUGGAAAUAAUUGGGACAAUAUAAAUAUGAUUUUUGUUUUCUGUUGCUGGUUCUUUGUGCUUUUUGAACAACCUUUUUGUUUUACUGUGAUUCUUUGUUAUGGUUUGUGUUGAGGCCAGUUUACCAACGGUAUAAAUUUCAUAUUAUGGAGGUUUAUAAAAUAUCAGCUUCUCACCUGCUUGAGGACCCACUUUGGAUGAUGUUGUGGCAAUAGAGGAAUGAUCUUCUUGGCUGACUGUGUAGGCCUGAGCUGUGUGUUUUUUAAAAAAUAGAUUUUUAAAAAAUACAUAUUUAUUUGUAGAAGGAUCAACUGAGUGGAAUCAGUUGAGUUUUGUUUUUAUUUAUUGGUGAAACAGGAUUAAUUAGCCCAAUUGCAGGCUAAGCUGAAUUAAUGUGCGGUCCAAUUUUCAGCUAAUAAAGGCAGACAAAUUUGAAAAUCAAGUGUUAGGAAGUUUUUUUCAAUUCUGUUAAACUGAUGAUAAAGGAGAAAAAGCCAAAGCUUUCCACUUGGAAGCAUUUCAUGAAUCUUGCAGUGGUACCAAAUUAUAUAUAGUUCUGAUGUGAUUGAAAGGAGAUAUAUAUAUCCCAAUAUAUAUGUAUCUACCUAUUCCAAUUGGGAAAAGAAAGUAUAAAAUAUUCAGGGGGAAAAAUGACCUAACAAGACAGAAUAUAUUUCUUCUUUUCCUUCCUUAAAAUUUUAUAACUGAAAUAUAAUAGGAAGUAAGUGUUUACUUUUAACAACAUUACUUAAAUCUGCUCAUAUAUAGGGCACAUCUCUUUUAAGAUUCUACUUUUAUGAGGGCUGACCAUUACACCAAAAAGAACCAAUUCAGAAAAUCAACCAGAUACGUCCUUUAGUGCUGUGUUGACAUAAUACAGAUAACUGCCUUAAUCCACUUUUCCCUGGGUCUUCAGUUGUGCAGCCCUAAUCCAUCCUGUCAGUGCCUGAAUUCAAGAUGCAGAUUACUUGAAUUUAAGGCCAUGGUAACAGACAACAAGAAACCCUAAACUUUAGACACUGUUGUUUCCAGUCAGAUAAAAAGGUUUUUUGGCUCUAAAUAUAUUUAUUUAGAAUUACUUUGGCAAGAUCAGGUGACAAAUUUUACAGACAUUGAACGGAUGAUAGCCAUGGUGUUGGUCUUGGAUCCUUCUUGGAGAUAUAUGACCUAAUUUCUAUCUCUUUAACAUGGGGCUGGUUGUUAGCUAUGAGAGUUUUCAUUGCUAGACCUGUAGAAGCAAAACUCCUUUUUCAGAGGUCUGUAGUUUAGGUCUUUAUUUACUAGGUUUUAGAAAACUAAACUCAGAGUCACCUUCGUAAUCUGAAAAGAAGGCAGCUCAUUGUUCAGCAAUAUGGCGCAAAGGGGUGAGUAUGAGAAGGAAAGCUGCCUUUCUCCAUUGCUUCUGGGUAUACAUGCUGCUAAUGGACAUUUUUAAUAAACUGUUCCUUUUUAGGGCCCCUUAAACUGUUUUUGGGCAGAGCUGAAGCAUUUUCUUUGCAAUGUUACGUGUCCUUCCCAACCAUGUGGAGCUCCUGAAGCAGACCAUGUAAUAUGAUGUCCUGGCCUCCUCAUAAGAAGAAUGUUUUUCUCCAGGCUCUCCAUUUCAUAGCCGAUUUAUAGGUUAGAGGAGUACAGGACUGCUUGGACCCCUGAAGUUCUUGGUGGCUGUGGGUGCUUUUACCCCCAUGACUGCUACGCCGCUUGAUUCCAUACUAUCUAGAUACUUCUCUUGAUAUGACUAUCACAUGCUUUGCUGUCUGCUUAAAAUAUUAGUCCAUCCCUCUCAUACUUAUUUAUUUUAUGGAUCCAGUUGGACCAGUGCUGGCCCAUGUCCUUCUAGGUGCAAAUUAAGACAAACAGACUUUCCUACCAAAUUCAUUUGUGCCUUCCUUUUGCCCCAGGGGGAAGGAUACGUGUGUGAGUGAGCACCGUGCCAGUUGAAUACUGGGAAUUAAGGGUCUGAACCCAAGGGGCUCUACUUAUUUUCAGUUCUUUGUGACAGGCAAAGUUUCUAGGCAGGAGCGUUUGAACAUUUCAGCCUUCAUCACAGGCGCAUGCAGAACCUUACCUGGAUUAAUCAUCUAAAGUUAGAGAAAAAAUUUCUAUUUAUCUGUUAGGAAAAGGCUUUUCAAUCUGAAGGUCAGAUUCCAUUGCAGCAGUUACUGCUACUACAAAAAUGUGGUCUGACAAAAGAGAUUCACGACCUUUACCAAUGGUCACCUGUGCAGUGAGAUUUAAUACCAGCAGCUAGAUUCCACUGUCACAAAGGAACAAGACAGAUCCUUCCAGUUCUCUCUAAUGGAGUCCAACCUUUCCCAGAAUUGGGCAUAAAGAAUGACUAGGAUGAAAAGAAUUAUAAUGAAGUCUCACUGGCUUUUCUCAGUAUAAAAGUGUUCAUAAGAAAGAGAAUUAACAUAUCGUUGUCUUUCAGCUGAUUUCAGCCAUAUCAUUUUAUGGUUCAUGGUAUUCUGUAACAUUCUCUCCUUCUGACUUUUAUGGGCAUAAACCUUGGGAAAUAAUUUUUCUGACUCAUGCACUGACACUGUAAAAAGUAAGAUGUUAUUUUAAAUACUUAAAGCGAUUUCAAAAAUCCAUGGCUUACAUUUAAGAGUGUACCUGUGGUUUGUGUUUGUUAGUGUGCCACUUUAUGUACACUCAAGUCUAUGUAUGUAUUAGGAGAAUAUUUUAUAAUUAUAGAACUGUAAUACCCAAAGCUAUUGUUAGAAUAAUUUUCUUAUAGGAAACUUGGCAUGCCUUAAUUUUGACUUCAAGGACAAGAGAAGUCUUUCACAGGUCAUGAAUGAAGAAUUUGGAAUCAACCUCGUAAUGAGAUGCCAUAAUUGUAUAGAUCUAUUUUGGUUGUUCAGCAUCCCACAAACCCUUGAUUUAUUUUUUUAAUGUCUCAGUUGUAGGCUCAUAAGAGUGUGACCUAUUUAGAAAUUAUUUUACCAUGUAUUAUUAUUUUAUUUCAGGGAAAUAUGGGCAGCAGGCAGCAUUUUCCUUUGCUCCCAGUUUUAGUAAGUCUCCUUUGUUUCAGGAAUAGCCAUUCUUAUUUUCCCGCUGCCAUCUUUGUACUUCCUAGCCAGGCUCCAAACAAAUGUACAAGAAGGCAAAGAUGGGUUAUUACUAUAUAGUAUAUUGAGAGUUUUUACUUUAUGGUUCUCGCUGUGCUUUUAAUUUUACUUUUCUUGCCACACAAGAAAAAUAAUUUGAUGUCGAUUAUGUGUUUUUUGAUAUUCUAAAAGGGCAGUUAUUAAAGUGAUGGGCUUUUCUUAGGGUAUUUGAUCCUAUGUUAAUAGCAAGUGUGUGAUAUAAUUUUAAAAUAAAACUAUUUAUUAAGAUGUUU